AUCGACCACACGUCAAGAAGUGUCAGUAGGGAAAAAAUGCAAAUUUGAUGCAAAAGUAAUGGAUCUUGACCAAAUAUAAAGUGAAUAUCUAAUUCUAACACCUCGUCGUUUGUGAAUAUAUAUAUCCUGGAAUAUCCACAACCAAAUACGAUGUCGUUAACUAUUCAACAAAUUAUAACAGACGCAAGACGUCUCGCUAGUCGAUUAAAGGACAGAGACGUUGUAGCAGAUGUGUUAUUAAAUGAAACUCAUGCUAUUAACAAGAAGAUUGAUGCAAUGAAACAGUUUCAGGAUGAAGUAGAAACUCUCAAUGAAAUAGCAAACCAAAAACCUCACUCACAACUUAUAGCAAACAUUCAAAAAGAAAACAGACAUCUACGAGAAAUCCAACAAGAAAAUCGCGAGUUGAGGGAUGCUUUGGAAGACUACCAUAUUACAUUAGAGCAUGUCAUGUCCAAAUAUAGAGAACAUGCUACUGAACAAAUAGAAAAAACAAGAGUAGAUUUCAAAGCAUUACAGCACCAGAGGUACAGUAAGGUUAUCCAAGAUCAGGCUGAGAAAAUCAAGGAAAUGGCUGCUGUCAUGAACAAGGCUGCUGAAAUUGAUGAAAGUCGUCAGGUGGCAGACCAGGAGCUAGUUUCAAUGUUGAAAAUCGAAAAUCAGGGCUUAAGAGAAAUGCUUGAUAUUGCAUGCAGUUAUGGCAACUUGAAGAAGGAAGAUAAAACAGUACAAACAGACGAAAAUUUCACCUAAUCUGCCGAUUUUUGAACAAUUUUUUAAUUCUCUGUAAUUCGUCCUAAUUUAUUAUUUUUUAUGAUAUGCAUUAGUUUUUCUAAAUAUGUGUAUUUUUCUAAUUAAUGCUAAACAUACUACUAGAAUAGUACUACAUACUACAAAGAUCUGCUUUUAUCUCUUUUCAACAUACCAAAUGCACUUAUUAAAAUAGGUCAAUGUUCACUUUAACUGAAUGAAGUGUCCUUACUCACUGAUAAAUAUUGUGUAUCACUGCUGUGCUAUGCGGUUUGUCACUUUACAACAGCGGUCAUGGCGCCCCGGUAUUUAGGUUUCUGCCUACGUGGCCGCUUCAGUAUAAAAAACAAGUCUUUAGUUCCAUUGACUGGUACUUGAAACUAUAAUAGACCCAAAGUGACAUACAGUCCAAAACGAUAGAAAUUAUGCCGCACUUUGAGUAAAAUCGUCGGUCACUAUUUGAAGUGUCAGACUUAAGUUUUAGCGCGUGAAGUUUGUACACUUGGGGCCGUAUCGUCAGUCGUUCGUACAAUUGUAGAGCGCCUUCAUGGCCUCCUUGAUUUUCAUAGUUUUCUACUGUUCUGUGUCAGCGCUCUAUUUUGAGGUUAUGUCACAAAUAUCUUUCUGCAUCAAAUUGUUCAUACUUUUAAUUUAUAUCAUUUUUUUGAUCACAAUAAUUUUUUUUACAAUUCAAAAAAGCAGAACUUCACAAAAGGAGAGUGCUGACGCUGAACACGGAACGGUAGGAAUCUAGAAAUACCCCAGCCUUUUUGAAAGGCUGAAAAUACUAUGAAAAUCAAGGAGGCCAUAAAGGCGUUCUACAAUUAUUGUAGGAACGACUGACAAUAAGGCCCUUAGAUAACAAACGUAUGUUUACUUUGAAUUUGUGUUACCCCAUCAAAAAAAGUGUCAAACCACUGAUGUUCUCAGUAGCAGCCAUUCACUUUUGCAUUACCAGUAAAUGUUUGCAGCUAGUUAGAAAAUUAGGAAGUCAACUUGUGAUGUUGACUGCACACUCUCCCGCUAUGUUUGGCCUGGAGCACUCGCUAGAGGUCGAGUAACGCGUGCGAUCCCCUAUAAUCUAGUUUAUUCAAUAUGGUUGCUAACUACGAAACGAUGAACGGUGGCGGAGAAUAGACGAAGCGAGUGUAUCAUAUGUAUUAUGUACACUCGCGGUGCCUCAAGGAGAGUGUACAGCCGGCUUGAAAAGUAUCCGCGUUAUAUGUAUAUCUUCAUAUUGGAACUGUUAUGCAUUUCUUUUUGUUAUUUAAUAGUAUAUUCUUUUGUUUUAUACCGCAGUAUAUUUAUCCAAAAUAGAUUAAUAUUAAUAUGACUUAUCAGUCUUCAGUGAUAGAAUUCGUUAGGAUUUAGUAUUUUCAUUAAAUUGAUUAUAAACUGUGUUUUUAUAUAAAAAUAAAAGCUC